CAAAAACACUGACACUUCCCUAAUUGCGCAUGCGCGCGAACUGACAGUUUCCUCGCGAGAGUUUCCCAAACGUCGGCAUGGCGGUACUCCUUGAAACGACGCUGGGCGAUAUAGUUGUGGAUUUAUUCACAGAAGAAAGGCCUAAAACUUGUCUCAACUUUCUGAAAUUAUGCAAGAUAAAGUACUACAACUACUGCCUUGUCCACAAUGUACAGAGAGACUUCAUUGUCCAAACUGGUGACCCCACUGGUACAGGCCGUGGUGGCGAGUCAAUCUACUGCAAGUUGUACGGGGACCAAGCCCGCUUUUUCGAUGCAGAGAAAGCCCCGCGUAUUAAACACAGGAAAAAGGGGACAGUGUCUAUGGUCAACAAUGGCAGUGACCAGCAUGGGUCACAGUUCCUCAUUACAACCGCUGAGAACAUGGACUAUCUGGACGGCGUGCAUACUGUUUUUGGUGAGGUUUCAGAGGGCUUUGACAUCUUGGCUAAAAUCAAUGAGACUUUUGUCGAUGCAGACUUCGUACCAUUUCAGGACAUCAGGAUAAACCACACUGUGAUACUCGAUGACCCCUUUGACGACCCCCCCGAUCUACCAGUGCCUGAUCGAUCCCCUGAUCCAACUCAACAGCAGCUAGAUAGUGGUCGCAUCGGAGCAGAAGAAGUCAUAGACGAUGCCGACGGGAAAGCAGCUGAAGAGGUGGAGGAGAGGCUCAACGCAAAAGAAGCUAAAACCCGAGCCAUCCUACUGGAGAUGGUGGGCGACCUCCCCGAUGCAGACGUCAAGCCCCCAGAGAAUGUGCUGUUUGUCUGCAAACUCAACCCGGUCACCACCGACGAAGACCUGGAAAUAAUCUUCUCCCGCUUUGGACACAUUAAAAGUUGUGAGAUCAUUCGAGACUGGAAGAGUGGAGACUCCCUCUGUUAUGCUUUCAUUGAAUUUGAAAAGCAAGAAGACUGCGAAAAGGCCUACUUCAAAAUGGACAACGUGCUCAUCGAUGACCGACGCAUUCACGUGGACUUCAGCCAGUCCGUUUCAAAGAUCAAAUGGAAAGGAAAAGGUGGGAAAUACACCAAGGACGACUUCAAGGCCUACGAGAAUGACUUGGAGAAGCGAUCCAAACUGGCUCUGAAAGAUCAAGUCAAACCCAAACAAGAUUCCAGAUAUGAUCUGCUGGUGGAGGACGAGGAGGGGACGGGCCUUCCACACGCCCAGAAAAAACACAAAGAGAAGAGGCAUCAUUAUUCAGAUGAUGAGGAAGAGAGCAGGAAGUCUAAAAAACACAAGGACAGCCGGCGAGACACAAAGACCUCUCGCCAGCGUUCCCGUUCACGCUCCCGCUCCAGAGACCGGGACCACAAGCACAAGUCUUGGGACAAAUAUGGGAGGGAAGGCCGAGAGCGAAGUCACAGGAGUCGCAGUCGCUCGCCCAGGAAGAGUAAGGACAAAGACAGAAGCAGGUACAGGUGAAGGACAGUGUCAGAGGUCAGUGAUGCUGGACAAAAUGGCCUCCAGGAGGUUUUGAGGGUCUUGAGUUGAGGUUUCUAUGCAAGUUAAAUUCAUGUAAAUGAGGCCUAUCCACCUGGCCACAAUCAUGCCAGCACAGACCUUCUAACAAGUUUGACUUCAUUACGUAACAACGCCACAUUUUGCAAUAACAUUCUUAACACCUGAAUUUUAUACGAAUCAUGUGAGGAAAAUAUGACAACUUAUUGGCCAUCUCACGUUGCAAGUGUGGGAAAGUCCACGGUCCUCUUCUCACAACUUCAUGAUGGCCACACUUGGCCCAAGCAGCCAAGCAUAAGAAGAGUCAAUAUACUUUAUUCAAUCUUUUUACUGACGACUUCAAUGUGCACAUUAUGUUUGGAAAUUCCAUCAAAUUGACAGUUUCAAUGAAGUAUCCAAAUGUUGUACACAUACUAAAUAGACCAAUAGAUAUCUCUGUCUCUUUUUUGUCUUUUUUUUCCUUUGACAUGCUCAAUAAAGUUGACAAUUUUG